AUGUCCCUCCCAAAACAUCUCCGUCUCCGCCUCUUUUCAAUCCUCAUCCUCACCGUCCUCUCGGCCUUCUCGGGCCCGCAGACACAUUCCUCCUCUGCCGCCACCGCUGCCGACAACUCGCUGAGCGCCUACGAAGUCCUCGAGGAGUACGACUUCCCCAUCGGCCUCCUUCCCAACGGCGUCCUCAGCUACGAGCAGGACAGCUCGACCGGCGAGUUCACCGUGUACCUGAAUGGGACGUGCACCUUCUCGAUCGACUCCUACGAGCUCAAGUACAGCUCGACGAUCACUGGGGUCAUAUCCACAGACGUGCUCUCGAGCCUGAGCGGGAUCAAGGUGAAGGUGUGGUUCUUCUGGCUCAGCAUCGUCAAGGUGGUCCGCGACGGCGACGAGCUGGAGUUCUCCGUCGGGAUCGCAUCCGCGGACUUCGCAGUGAGCAACUUCGACGAGUGCCCGACCUGCGGGUGCGGGUUCGACUGCGAUGGCGUGGAGAAGGAGAGGAAGUUCAGGGUCAAGAAGCCUUCUUGGGCGUCUUCCUAG